GUUACCAUACUGUUAGCACUGAGCACGAGCAUGGGACCUUGAUUAGGAAAAUUGGAUGAGCCGCGAUCAAGCCACCUUACAUACAAUACAGCCUAGGUAGGAAGUCAUCAUCUGUCUUGUCAUCUCAGCUGCAUACGGACCUGGGCUUUCUACAAUCUGCUACUUGCGAUUUCCCUCUAAAUUGCCGUGCAAUCAACAAACAGCAGGUUGUCAGCUCUGCCGUGAGAAUAACCAGACUUUCUGAGAACAUUUCAGCUGCCUCCUCCAGGCAUGGUAAGUUAUUCUGGACACGAGACGACACGAUCAAUUUCUCUCGCUCCCCUGCAGCUGUCUCUGUCUCUUUCUCCUUCUGUUCGCUUUUUCGUUCUGUUCAACCCAUCAUCUCCGCGCGUCUCGUCUAACUAGAGGCAGCAUACGUUGUAUCGUGUCCUUAUCUUUUGAUCAUCACAUCCAUCAACAACCACCUCGUUCUCAACCACGCCCUCACGUCGUUCGCCACUGCGGUUUCAACAACCAUGUCGAGCCGCUCGGCUCCCCGAAGGCGCCAAACUUUGCGCGAGUCGCAUGCUGUUGCCCGCAAUGGUGGUCCCGUCACGCCCAAGGUGAUCAAUGCCGGUCCUUCACUCGAGAAAGCCGAACUGUACGGAAUACACGAUCAGCGAUCUACUCAUUCGAAGCUUAUGGGGCUUGCCGGUCGCAUUUUCAUUGAGACGAUUCCACAAUGGCUAGCUGUUGGUGCUAUGCUGGGGCUAAUAUUCGGUGGCUGUUGUUCCAACGUUUUUGCUCUAGAAGCUAUCGUCAAGGUUGAACCAGCGAGCGGGACACUCUUGACUUUUGUGCAGUUCCUUUUCGUCGCAGUCACCGGAUACGUCUCGCAGUUCGAUGCUUCCAGACCCCCGUUCUUUCUACGGCCGAACCGAGUACCUAUCCGGCGCUGGCUGAUCAACAUAGUGCUGUUCUUCAGUAUCAACCUGCUCAACAAUCAUGCCUUUAGUUAUGAUAUCUCAGUACCUGUCCAUAUCAUCUUGCGUUCCGGUGGUAGCAUCACUACUAUAGUAGCUGGUAGUCUCUACGGCAAGAAGUACUCCCGCAUUCAGGUCACUGCUGUAGUACUCUUAACGAUAGGUGUCAUAACGGCGGCUUGGUCAGACGCCCAGACAAAGCAACCUGCAGCUGAAUCGCCUCACGAAGUAUCAGCGCCGAGUUUUGGUACGGGUCUUGGGAUUCUUUUCGUUGCUCAAGCCUUGUCAGCGGCGAUGGGCCUAUACACAGAGGAAACGUACAAACAGUAUGGACCUCAGUGGAAAGAGAAUCUGUUCUACUCGCAUUUGCUAUCACUCCCGCUUUUUCUACCAUUCACCAAAUCACUUGUCCGUCAACUUAUGCGCCUCGUGGAUAGCCCACCACUAGUAUUGCGGCUUCCGAUAGACCAAGCAAGCUUGAUGAACUUACCAGAGGGCUGGCAAAAGGUGGUAGCAGCAGGCAUAUCCAUCCCCAGCCAGGUAACAUACCUAACACUCAAUGUUCUUACGCAAUACGCUUGCAUUCGAGGCGUCAAUCUAUUGGCCGCUGUGUCUUCAGCACUAACUGUGACAAUUGUGUUAAACAUACGCAAGUUAGUGAGUUUGCUGUUGAGUAUCUGGCUUUUUGGUAACCGCCUCGCGCCAGGGACACUGGUGGGAGCUGUUGUUGUGUUCUCAGCUGGAGCCUUGUACUCCCUAGACUCAAAGAAAAAGGAGAAGAAACCAGCAGCCUCCAGGCCGAAGGUGGAAAGUGGUCGGACUGGAUAGUAUGCUGUCGUCGCAUCAAAUUCCUUGCCCCUUGACCGAGCCCGUAGAUAGCAGCAAUACAAUUGUGCGAGUUUUAUGAGGAGUACCAAUGCGCAUGGAACCUCUCAGGUUCCGAUGUUGAUUCCGACCUGUUAUGUUAGGACCGUGUCAACUGGGCGUAGGCGUUUGUCUUGGUGCUUUUUGAUUAGCUCAAUUCUCCGUGAGACAAGCUCUUGGCCCGUCGUAAAUUGCGCCUCACAUUAAU